UAACGUUUGUCACAAUGCUGUCGCUACUAAGCUUCUUGCUCUUGUCUCUGUCCUACUGUCUGGCAUUUCCAAAACCUCCAGCUGAAGGAGACAUCGAUAUUCCUGAUUAUAAGUUUGCAGAGGGUUACCUAAACAAUUUCUAUCCAUCAACCCAAAAAUCUAUAUCAAACGUGUUUGAUGAAAAAAUUAAGGAAAUGCAGAAGUUCUUUGGACUUAAAAUUACUGGAUUACUGAAUAAAGAGACAAUGGAUGUGAUGAAGACGCCCCGAUGUGGAAUGCCUGAUGUAGCAGAAUACGGACAUUUCCCUGGAAGACCAAAAUGGACAAAAACAUCCCUGACUUAUAGAAUCCAGAAUUAUACUCCUGAUCUUAGCGCUGCAGUAAUUAAUAAUGCCAUUAAAAUGGCUUUCAAAGUUUGGAGUGAUGUGACGCCCCUGACUUUCAGACAGGUUUCACGUGGAAAUGCAGACAUCGUCAUACAGUUUGCAGCUGGAUCUCAUGGUGAUUACAAUCCAUUCGAUGGUCGUGGUGGCAUAUUGGCACAUGCAUACGCACCUGGCAGUGGUAUAGGAGGGGAUGCCCACUUCGAUGAGGAUGAACAUUGGUCAGCUAAUCAGCAAGGUGUCAACUUGUUCCUUGUUGCUGCGCAUGAAUUUGGACAUUCAUUGGGACUGUCUCAUUCUAAUGAUCGAAGAGCUUUGAUGUACCCUACAUACCGCUAUGUAAACCCCAAAACAUUCCGUUUGUCUCAAGAUGACAUUAGGGGAAUACAGUCACUUUAUGGCAAAAAGCCAAAAUAGGUUUCAGAGGCUCUGAAUAAUGUGAAUGUUUUAUUAUAACUGCUAAUAACCACUAAGUUUUACAAUAGUAUCAUAGCUGACAUUUAUUUAUAAUGAGAUGUUGGAUAAAUACAUGUUCCCUAAUUUCUGAAGGAUGACACAUGUUGGGUGAUGAGCUAUGUUGUCUUAGCAAUCUUUAAAAAACCCUAUUCCAAAAUAGAGUGGUCCAUUUAUUUAACAAUAGGGCUUUAUAGAGGUUCUGUUGGUAAAUAAGCAGGCUAUUCCAUGCUGACAUAAUGUAUUUGAAGCCAGGUUGUGAUGACAAGUGGUUAAAGACUAAAUGACCAUAUUAUGUUUGUAAGAAUUGACUAUAUUCAAACCUAAAAUGUGCCCAUAUAUACUUUAUAUUCCAAAAUUUAGAGUGGUAUUUGAAUCUCUCAAUAUUAAUCAUCGAUGUAAUGAUGAUCCCUCCUCACAAUCUAAUGAGGACCUGUUUGUAUUCUGAUUAGGUCUGUACAAGCACUUUUUAAGCAAAUUUUCCUUAGUUUUGUUUUUUGUUUUUGAGGAAAGAGACAUGACUCUUUCUGUAUACAUUUUUAUAUCACUGGCGUAAAAAAAUAUAUACAUAUUUUUUAUUUAGUAUAUUUUCCUUAAAGCACAGGUGCACAUCGUAAUGUAAUAUGUUCUGCAUGCCUAUGACUCUGGGCCAUAUUUGACAAGGUCAAACAGGACCAAGUAGAGGCCAAAGUGCUCCUUUUGAAACAAAUGCAUGGGAAACUAAAACCUGUUCAGCUGAUUGCCCUGGAAUAGCACUAUGACCAAAACUUGUUCCAGUUCAGUCUUCAUCAAUGCGGUCUUGCAUUAAACGGUCUUGGGAGCAAAGUCCUUUUCGUAAUUUGUAUCAAUUUGUUGCUUUGUAUAAUUUUGUUUACAAUUUUUACUUUUUGUACACUGCCAUGGUUAAUGUUAAAGUG